AAAUCAAGAGUCUACGGAGAGUUAGAUGGUCCAGACCCUCGCAAAAGCUCUACUCAGAAAAUUUGUUCAAUUAUAUAAGAGAUUCCGUUAUGGUACAUACUUUCAGCGAGCAACCUAGCUAAUUGCGAUCGACCCACUUCAGAAAAUCUUGCUAAUUGUGAUCGACCCACUUCAGAAAAUCUGCCAUGGGCGAGAAAGAACAGGCUAAGCCUUUGGCUCCUGCCAUGGGCGAGAAAGAACAGGCUAAGCCUUUGGCUCCGGCAUCCCACAGGAUCCACGUAGAGGAAGGAGCUGAAGCUCAGUCCAUGGAGACUAAAAAUUACAGCAGCAGGAGGAGGUGCAUCAAAUGCUGUGGCAUCUCUACCGCCCUCAUAUUGAUUCUAGCUACGACCAUGUUGGUGCUUGCUUUCACCGUAUUUCGCGUUAAAAAACCCGUUUUGACGAUGAACUCCGUCAAGGUCGAAGGAUUGGAUGUUGCUAUGGAGGCAAAUUUUCGUCUGGGGACAAACGUGACACUUGUAGUAGAUGUCUCGAUGAAAAAUCCGAACGUGGCCUCCUUCAAGUUAGAUAAUUCGACGACUUAUCUUUAUUAUGGUGGCAAGAUGGUUGGGGAAGCCAUGACUCCGCCGGGGCAUGCCAGGGCGAGGCGGACGAUGCAUAUGAAUAUCACGGUGGAUAUUCUGGCAGAUCAACUGCUGGAUGUGCACCGGCUGGGGAGUGAUCUGCAAGCAGGGGCUUUGCCUAUGGGUAGCUACACAAGAAUAAGCGGUAAAGUCAACAUUUUAAACAUCAUUAAGAAGCGCGUUGUUGUGAGAAUGAAUUGCACUAUGACAGUUGAUAUCCACAGCCAGUCCAUGAGGGAUCAGGACUGCAAGAAACAUGUUUCCCUCUAGAUUGAGCACCGGUUAAUUAAUUAGGAUUAUUUAUUUAUAUUAUUGAGGGUGUAUGGUUUCAGAAUUAAUUUGGUAGAAUCCUAAAGAUACAUAGAUCAUUCCAUGCUUGCAUCAAGCGGUGGAAUGAAGAAUAUGCAUUCCGUUAUGUAAAAUUCAAAAAUUGAGAGCAUUCAAAUAUGCACUUACAAAACUUUAAACACAUUGCUUAUGAUAUCAAUAAUGGCUACUUGAGUAUUUUUUUUGAUACUAU